AUGUCUCUAUUUGCAUUCUAUUUCUUCGGAUGUGCUGUCACUAAUGGAACGACAAAUUCCAGAAAACUGUGGGCAAUAUCCAGAGAUGGUGGCUUGCCAUUUUCAAAGGUUUGGUAUCGAGUUAGCCGACGCUAUCAAAUGCCUGCCAACGCUAUGAUACUUUCAUCCACAGUAGUCACACUCUACGGCUUCAUCUUCCUCGGCUCAACAGCUGCCUUCUCAGCAAUGGUCGGCGUAAACAUAAUGUUCCUUCAAACCUCCUGCAUAAUCCCGCAAGCAAUCAUCCUGUACCGAGGUCGCGAAACCGUCCUCCCACCCCGGGUCUUCUCCCACGGAUGA